AUGUUACUCAAACUUUUAUAUCUUGCAAUACUUGUUGGCAUAGUCUAUGCUAUUUGCCCGGACAGUAAUGACCAGGAAAUCAACAAACUGUGCUUCAAAUUUGUGGCUCAAAAGAUGACAUACAAUGAUGCUCGUAAUUGGUGUCAUCACCAGAAUCCAGUUGGUCCUUCCUAUUUGGCGUAUGUUCCGAAAAAGGAUACAAGCAGUUACUUGGCAUUCUACGCUCGUUCUGCAUUCGGCGUAGACGCUCAACAAUUUUGGAUUGGUCUAUUUAGGAAUGUUUCUUCUGGCAUGUUAUCAUGGGAUAACGGACUGCCCGUUGGCUAUACUAACUUUGGUAGCCACGUUGGAGAAAACUAUUUUUAUGAGAAAAUCUCAAAUACGAAAUGGGAUACUCUGGGAGAUAAUGAUGUGAAUUAUUUUGUGUGUAGUUAUGAUCCAAUGGUUAAACCAUCGACAAUGAUGACAAGUACAAUGAAAAGCACAACGACCACCGAAUUGGUAAAUCCUUCUUGCCAACAUGAUGAUAAGAAAAUUGUUUUCUUUGCUUACUCAAAUGAUCUGGAUCCAACUGUUCUGUUGAACGCAUUGCGUGAUAACUAUUUGUAUUAUAGCAACGUCAGUUUUGCGGUUGCGAGAUUCGAUGCUCUUGAGCCAUUCACUAUUUCGUACUUUAGUGUAUAUCAGCAAGUUGUCUCCUACGUUUCCUCUCAUCUACCCAAUUCUACAUUGGCAUUCGGGGAUAGUACAACAGGAAGUAAUGUGUUGGAUGUUAUUAAUUACCUCGAAAAAAAUUUUCUCAGAAAAUUUGAAUUUUCCGGCAAAUUUUGUCGUAGGGCGAGAUGGAUGCCACUAGAAGAAAAAUAUCCAAUCUACGCAGUCAACGCAAGAGUUUCUGGAAAUGGGUCUCAAGUGCUUCCUCCAAUGUCCGUGCCACGAAUGGAUGAUUUCUUGAUGGUGAUCACACUUCAAAGCCAUGUGCCGCUUAGCAAUUUCCAAUCUGCAAACCUUAGAUGGUAUAACAGCCAAUCUUCCGACUCGAGCAGUUUUCCAGUGUACCCACCCUUGGGUUAUACCAAUAGUAAUACCGAUGGUAUCAGAAAAAUUCUACAUGCACUUGUCUAUAAUAUGACCAUUGAUUAUGCCUACACCAAUAGCAAUGUCGAAACUAUGCAGAUUAGGGUGUUCAGCCAAUCUGCUACCAACUACUGGCUGCCGUAUUCGGAUUGA